AUGACUGUUGGUAUCUUGGUUGUAUCAGAGUCAGUUUCGAGGGGUUUAUCGACCGACAAGGUUGUUGAUGCACUGAAACAACACCUAGACGGCUUUGAAUUGAUAGCGCAAAAGGUUGUUCCGGACAACAUAGAGGAUAUCCAAGCUGCAGUCUUGGACUGGGUGAGACAGGAUAUCAGGCUUAUCUUGACCGCAGGCGGAACCGGCUUCACCAAGACAGAUAUCACUCCGGAGGCCAUUGAGCCGUUGUUGGACAAAAAGGCGCCUGGAUUGGUCCAUGCCAUGCUUUCCUAUUCUCUCCAAAUCACCCCCUUUGCCAUGCUUGCUCGGCCGGUAGCCGGUGUUCGUGGAGAGACGUUGAUAGUCACGUUGCCCGGCUCGCCAAAGGGAGCCACGGAGAAUUUUCAGGCAAUCAAGGGGGUUCUUGGGCACGCACUUUCGCAACUGGGAGUUGAGAGCUCACGAUCGCUACACGAAGAGUCCGGUUCUGGCCAUCAUCAUCAUCACCAUCAUCAUGGACACCUUGCCAAACACGAGCUGGUCGACUCUGUCGUUGCAAGGCACAGAGUCUCGCCGUAUCCUGCUAUCUCUGUUGAUGAGGCGUACUCGAAGAUUAGCGAGAACACGCCGACUCCAAAGGUGAUCGAGCUGAGCAUCUCAGACCCUCGUCUAGUUGGCAGCGUGGUUGCGGAAAAUGUCACUGCGCAGAUGGACGUUCCCAAUUUUCGCGCAAGUAUUGUGGACGGAUACGCGGUCAUAAGCUCCGAUGGGCCUGGCGUCUAUCCUGUUGUUAGUGUUUCGCAUGCUUCCAAGAACGACCAGAAAGAACUGGUUGCAGGACAAAUUGCGAGAAUCACCACGGGAGCGCCGCUUCCUCAGGGAGCCGACGCGGUGGUGAUGGUGGAAGAAACACGGCUGGCAGAGACUACGGAGGACGGGACCGAGGAGAAGCUCGUUGAGAUACUGGCUAAAAAUGUCAAAGCUGGAGAGAACAUCAGGGCCAUAGGUUCUGACACCAAAAAGGACAGUCUGGUGCUGGCCAAAGGAUCUAGGAUCUCAUCAGGAGGAGGAGAAAUAGGCGCGUUGGCGAGCGUCGGGGUCAACAAAAUCAAAGUGUACCGCAAACCAGUGAUUGGGCUGCUCUCUACUGGAAAUGAACUACAGGACGUGCAAACUGAAAAAUUGCUACACUAUGGAGAAAUAUACGACAGCAACAGACCGACGCUUGUGUCGAUGGUGCAUAAUUGCGGGUACGAGGUGGUUGACCUGGGAAUUGCGUCUGAUAGCAAGGACUCGCUCGUCAAAAUUAUAAAAGACGCUGUGGACGUCAAAAAAAUUGAUUGUUUAGUCACCACUGGAGGAGUGUCCAUGGGAGAGCUUGACUUGCUCAAACCGACGAUUGAAAAUGAACUCCACGGCACCAUCCAUUUUGGACGCGUCAGAAUGAAGCCGGGCAAACCAACCACUUUUGCAACAAUUGGCAAAUCCACCGUCGUCUUUGCUCUGCCCGGUAAUCCUGCCUCGUCUUCUGUUUGCUACCAUCUGUUUGUUCUGCCCUGCUUGUUAAAAUGGCAAGGACUCGAGCCUGCAGUUGGCCAGAAACUGCCUACAGAGCCAGUUGUGAAGGUGAAACUUGCAGAAGACCUGAAAUUGGACCCACAACGUCCUGAAUACCAGCGGGUCAGCAUUCGUCAGUCAGACAUGGCUUUGGUUGCUACCUCCACCGGGUUCCAACGAAGCAGCAACAUCGGCUCUUUCAAAAGGGCCAACGGGCUGGUCUGCCUCCCAGCUGCCAGUGAUUAUGGAAAGACAGUGAUUAAAACAGGCACGGUGGUUGACGCGAUUCUCAUCGACCAGAUCUACAUGUGA